AGAAUAAAUAUCACAAGUUCAGUUUGUCCUCGCUCACGCGUCACACAAAAAUUUCAUAUGCAUAUACAACGGCCAUGUGCUACUGUUUACUAUUUGGCCACUGACAGUUUCCAGAAGUGUUUCCUUUCUUUUUUUUGACAUUACGCUAAUUUCAAUGCGCCUCGCGAAAGGGACCAACCGACUACGUCGUAUCAAGGACGUUUAAGCCGGAUUCGCGGGAAGCGAUCGUUCCUAUGGAAUUGUUCGGUCUGCGUGUGGAUUCCGUAUGAAAAAGAAAAAAAUUAUAUUCGUGGAAUUGUCAAAACAAUUUCCUUGUUUCGUCAUACUUGUCUCGAGUGAUCAAUCGUAAUUGGAACAAUUGAUAAAAAUCAAAGUCAAAUUGUAAUUAGACAUCGAUAAUAAAUUCGAUUGGGAAUUGCAUAUUAUUUCUUUUCGCAAUUAUACAUAUAUACAUCGAUCUGAUAAUAAUUUAAAUAUUUUAUCUAUGGCCAUUAUUUUUUUAUCAAUCAAAGGGUUAAUCAAGACUCGGUACGAUCUUCAAUCAUACGCGUAUACCGUAGGUUGUUAUUACGUCGGAGGCUAUAAUCAAAAAAAAAUUAUCUUUUAGUCAUUGAUUCCGGAUAAAAAGGUUGUUUCAGCUUGACACGUCGUGGGCUGUCCUUCGAUUAUGCGUUACGCAACUCCACGGAAACGUUGAUGCAAUUACGUUGCUUCGAAGGAUUCGUUUACGAGCAGCUCGCGUUUGAGUAGUGCCGAUUAUUUCACACGAAUUUCAUCAACGGACCAACGCACUGCCUGCGCACUGUGAACCGAGCAUUACAUAGUCUAAUCCAUUUUAUCUGUCUGCUCGAUUUUAUAUCUCGACCCGACCUAACCUGAUCCGACUUUGCUACAGUUAUUUUCUGUAUGUCCGAUACUUCUGUAUUUUCUGCGCCAACGAAUCGCGCUGGUCGGCAUUCGAACGAGAAGUCAUUUAACUUCGCAGCUAUUCUUGGAAAGUCGUCCGCGAGAUUCAAUUACGUUUAAAUAAUUUAUUCUGAUAAAAGAAAGAAGAUGCAGGAAAAAUCAGCGGAAUCGACUGACAGAGUAGCGGGUAGACGUUACUGGUUAUGAUUGACUAUCACGUGGGUCCGUAGUGGGGUAAUGCUGACACGUCAAAGACAAGGAUCAAGAUGCUGACGGUGAUGUGUCCCAACUGCCGACACCGGUUUCCGGCCCCCGGAUGCUGCAACCCUACGAUGCCUGUCGCGGCUCCAUCUUCUUGCGGUCUUCAUCAAGUCGACUGUGGGAAUUAUUAUGGGGGUGGUCUCCUGGUACCACGUGGAUACACUAAUGGGGGUGGAUGCAUCAUUAAUGCACCUACCAUAAUACAUGGACCAGCCAUCAUACAGAGCCAGCCUGCGGUGGCCGAGAGAGUUCAGAGGCACCAGGACACCAGGGAUGCUGAGUGUCAUAUAACUACGACCUGCGAGAUGACCGGUGGAAGCGUUACCAUCACUACGCCAAGCAUACAGUCUGGAGGAUGCUUGAUCCAGAGCACCGAUUCUGGAGUGUUGGUCCAGGCACCCAGGAUCGAAGUCAGACCUAAACUGUCCGGUGGGGGCUGCCUGGUCCAGACCCAGUUCUCAACUGACGAAUCCGAUCCUGGAAAUCUUCUCAAUGACGAGGAUAUCGUCACAGGCUGCGGAUCAUUUGGUCCAGCUGGGAUCUUUCAGAAUCCACAUCCGAUGCUCUGCGUACCACCUAGCGGAUGCCAGGAAUUGCCUGGUACCCGUCGCAGCAGCAGUCCCAGAAAGGAUCAGGAAAGACUGUCAGAUGCUGACCGCAAUCUGGUCCAUGGAUGCUGCAGGGGUUUCAACGGCUGUCACCGUUCCUCUGGGGUCUAUGACCAGCAAGCUCAUUCAGGUAGAUGUAACAGCUUCCAGGAGCAGAUCCCGUGUUCGCCAGGUGCUGGGUCGGCUGUUGGUAAUCAUCAGCAUGGAUGCUGCACUCAGCCGCAUAAGCAGUCUCAGCUGUACUCGGGGAGGAGCUCACUGGAAGAGACCACUUCCGGGGCUGUCAUUCAAGUCAACGCUACCGUCCAGCUGCCACCUAACGUAGGACAAUGCACCGUUAAUAUCACCGCUACGACUACCGCAGCCAACUGUACCAAUCCCACGUCCAACGCUACCACCAGGAGUCGCAACAACUUCAACGGCGGCGGGUUGGUCCAGCCCGCUGAGGUUGGAACGGCUGCGCCGACAGAGCGUCGCGACGGUGCUCCGACCACCCCGGUGUCCUGGCUCAUGCCCUGUCCGUGGGGCUUCGAUAACUACCACCUGGACAAGGAUCUCCUAGUGCGUCUCAGCGACGCUCGACGACUUCUUCAGUGCUCCGGAUGGUACCACGAAGGUCUCAGCUGGCAGCAGAGCGAAGCUCUUCUUCGGGAAGCACCGGUUGGACGAUGGCUCCUUCGAGACAGCUCGGACAGUCGCUUCACCUUUGCCGUCUCCGUGCAGACGUCCAGGGGACCCACUUCCGUCCGCGUUCACUACUUCCUGGGCCACUUCCGGCUAGACGCUGAGCCACGUCUUGCCCUGGCCAUGCCUCACUUCGACUGUCCCAUCAAGAUGCUGGAGUACUACGUGGACUACUCGAAACGGAUGGACGAGAAGCGGGAAGUCUGGGUCGAUCACAGCGGUCAGCUCUACAGUCAGAUUUACUUCGCUAAGCCCCUCGUAAAGGAGGUUAGGUCAUUAUCGCAUUUAGCACGUUUGGCUGUUAAUCGCGCGAAAAUACCCACCGACGAUCUUCCUCCGCUCAUUCGUAAUUAUCUUGCUGAGUAUCCCUACGCGCUCUGAGACUAUGUCUUAUACAGGGUGUCGUAAGUGUACCAAGAUAGCGGAAGCUGACCCCGUGCGACCUAUCGACCCCUUAACUAAUUGUAAGGAAUAUUUUUACGAGGCGGAGAUAUUUUUUAGGAGCGAUCGCGAAGCGACCACCCGUUAUAUAUUCUUCCACAAGUAACUCCUAAGCGAAACAAGGUUUAUUUUUCUAUAUCGUUAUAUCCUGGAGAAUCGCGCUCCGUUCGUUCUGGUUAGAGGUUCCUAUGCGACUUCCAGGGUGGGACCAAGGGAUUAUCUGUCUGGAUCUAAAAGCGUAUUACUUUAUUAAAUUAAAUUUGAUUUUUUUUUUUAUUUACGAAAUCCAAGAUGAUAUGGUACACCGUGUAUGACCAAAGAAUUGGCCGAUAGUAUGCUAGUUAUACAGAAUUCUUGGAUCUGUUUUUUUUUUAAUUUUCCUUAUUCUCUUUCAAUAUUUUUUUCUUCUUUUAUAUUCCCUUUCGGGUUCUCCUGGAUACACGCGAUCCCGAGGAGAUCCUUGAGAUUAGUCAGUGCAGCAUAAUAUUAGUGAAUGUAUAUCUACACAGGAUAGAAUUCUACAUGUAUAUAAAUAUCCACUUCCGUUACUCUGGGACGAAGAUAACCUGGAAUCGGAUAGGGUACCAUAUACAUACCCUUGAGACCGAAGGUGUUCGUUGUACCCAGGAGUGCCCAAUGGAACAAAUACUGCCAGAGAAUAGGUUCCAGACUAGGGAAUAUACUCACGGGUUCAAUUGGCGCUCAUAAUUAAAUAUUAUAGUCGAUUUGUAAUGAAAAUGUAACAAAAAUUUGUUUUUCUUUUUUUUUUUAUCGAUACACUACAUUCUCAGGAUCACAAUGUCGUGUGGUCAGGGCCAUAAAGUUUCGCUGGGUAAAAACGCGCGACAAGCGUCAGUGUCCGCUUUCUCGAAGAUGAUCCUGGGUUAUUUGAAGUCUCGUGCUCAUUCGAAAGCAUCGAGGAUUUCGUAUACGGCCACAAAGGCAUUCGAGUGGGUAUCUGUAGUUCCCGAGAAUGACAGUUGAUACGACGAUACUUUUCGUGUCAGUGCGCAUGCGCGGUCAGCCACGAGACUUUUUUGUUUUCUUUAGAUUAUUUAAUUAGACUGAAUGCUGGUGGGCACGUGCGCAUCGCAUAACAAUGAUAACGAGCGACAACGUUGCCAUUGUAAUACACGAGGUUUGCCAAUAUUUUUGCAAGGGUGCGAAUUUUGAAUUUCGUUAAUAUUAAGGUGUACCAUGUAAUUAGGAUUUUAAGAGCGAGCGUGUAGCAAAAAGACAGAUUCAUUGUGAAGGAAGGAAAAUUUUCGGAUUUGACGUACGAAAGUCAGGACGGAGCUUCGUUGUUCGUGAAGAGCGGGAUCACGUGGAAAAUGAAAAAUAGCGGGUGAAAGGGAAUUUUGAAAAAAAAAUAUUUUUUUCAUCUUGCGCAAUACUCGCUGUUAUUACUUUUCUUUUAUUUGUCUUUUUUUCGUGCGCUUUUGCCCGCCCGCGUUGGCGCAAUCUCGAGGAUUCAUUUUUUGAGAUUAAAUUAGUUUAAUGAGAGAGAGGAGCGUCUUUUUCGUUAUUGCGAAGAUAAUUAGUCCUGCGUGUUGUUAUUAUUAUUGCUGCACACGUAAUGGUUUAAUUCGUUGCGUCAUUAGGUUUAGACGAAUGUAUCUACUUGCUCGGGUUUAACAAUGGUCACGCAUACGUGGACGGCUGGAAGAGAAUUAAUUUCGUGAUUCUCUUUUUUUUUCUAUUUUUCUUACGUACAGACAAAUUUGUUCUUCCGAUUACAUAGUAUUACGAUCGAACGGAACUAGACUUGUCGUAAGCAUUUUAAAUGUUUGUUCUCGAUCAACGUAAAUACGGUUGGACGUUGUCAAUACCGUCAGUGAUUGUUCUGUAUUUUGAAAAAGGAAAGGAGCCAAGUAUCAAGCAAGAAAAAAGAGAGGCAACCGAUUAUUGGUAUGCUCGAGCGUAAAAUCUGUAAAUAUCUGUCAACAAGAUCAUGACCACAAACGUUGUUGUACGUGACCAUUUACUGUGGGGAGUUGAUAAAAAAUUAUUAUUAUUAUAAAAGCCUGUAAAAGAAUUUUUCAAAAAGACAUACACCUACGCGCAUAUGGCAGGUACAAUUGACAUUGAAAAACACGAGCACGUUGAGCCACUGUAUGAUAUAAAUAUAUAUAUACAUAUAUACACGAAUACACAUAUUUUUGUACGCGUUCGCAUGUGACGAAAGUAUAUAUAAGCCUGUCGCGUUUUUAUUACGAUAUUCGUUGCGAGUGUAGAAGAAAAAAAUUUGAAAAUACGUAUGCGUGCAUUUAUAUAUAUGUAUAUGUAGAAAUCUAAUUAGGCGGGAAGGUGUCUCUAUAUUAGAGGCAUUCUUAUGUAGCGACCCUUUAGUGGAAUUAGAUGUUCAAUUAUUUGUAUACCGUUUGCGAACGAUUCUCUUGAGAACUAAAAUUUGAGCUAGCGAAGGUUUGAGUGACGAAAAAGAUAAAUAAUAGAGAAAGGACUGUUCGAAUUAACUGUCUCUGCGCAUGCGCGUUUACGAUUUUCCGUUCUUUACGAUCAAAUCAGAUUUAAUCCUCACGAGCGAAAUGGACCCUAAUGAUACCGACUGUGUACAUCUUUACCGACGAAAAUCGAGGAGGGACUCCCGUUGCAUUAGCAAUUGAUUAUUUAGCAUAAUUUACUUUCUACCUUGCUACGUGCAAAUGUCUUAUCUUUCUCUCUAUACGAAUAUUUCUGGCGAGCCUUCAAUAAUCUGACUGUAAUUUAUAAUAGGGAAUAACGACGAUUAUUUGGUGUCUGUAUAAGCGUAUUUAUAUAUCGAUUUAUUCAGUCGUAUAUCGUGUGGGUCCUGCCUAACUUUUACCUAGUUGAAUGAUAAGUUUUUCAAAUAAAUAAAACCAUGUAUUUUAUAUUACGACGAGAAUGUAUAGACCACAAGUUAAAUUAUUAAAGAAUUAUUUAUUACCAGUACUCGAA